AUAAAAAAAUAAAUCCGUAUAUAUACAACCAGGUUGUUUAAGUACAAUGUACUUAGGUUAAUACACGGAAGUAUAAUUUAAAGUAAAUUUUAUGUUUAAGAAGAAGUGAUGGCAGAGCUAUGGAUAAAUACAAUUUUUAGAUGUAUAUUGUCAGUUGUGUUGUGUACAGCUCAAGAUAUACACCAACUGACAGUAACAGCUGGAGAUAAUGUUACUUUAUUUUGUAAAUCUACAACAGACUAUCCAACAUGGACUGGUCCAGAACUUCGUAAUGGAUAUGUACAACAAUAUAACAAUCACGGUCAGAGUAGCUUCCCAAACCCAAAUGUUCUUGAACAGAAGAGGUUACGACUCGGUUGGGCCAGUGAUAAAAGUAGUUUGAUUAUACACGAUGUAAUAUUAAGUGACCAGGGACUCUAUCAGUGUUCUACUGUUGCUAAAGUAAAUAUUUCUGUAAGAGUACCUCCAAGAUCUCCGAUGAUAUCAAACACAGAGAUAUCAGCAGAAGACACACUUAUUAUAAGAAAAUCUGAGUCACAAGUAACAAGCCUUGUUUGUAUAUCGUCUGGUGGUUAUCCUCAACCACUGGUUCAGUGGUACAGAGGAACUACCGGAACACAACCUCUAACCUCCACGUCAGCUGUAUCCACAGAAGAUAAUUCUUAUAAUGUUACACAGACAUAUACGUUUUCACCUCAGAGACAAGAUGACGGAGUUCUAUAUGUAUGCCAGUCUUCAUUCCAGACAGCACCGAGACAUAUUACAACAACUAGUGUGAAGCUAUUUCUUUAUUUGAAACCAAAUCCACCAACGGCUGUACAAACAUUACUUGUCUCAGCCGGACACCAGGUGACAAUAAGGUGUACGACAGCAGGAAGUAGACCUGCUGCCAGUAUUAUCUGGUCGUACAGGAAUACAGAGCAUACUGGUGAACAGACGUCAACACUUGAUGACAUAACAAAAACUUAUACAGUAGCAUCUUUGCUAAAGUUACAAGUUUCAGCUGAAGACAAUGGCCAAAAUGUCCAGUGUAAAGUUACCCAUGAUUUAUUAAUUACCCCGGCUCAGCUGACUGCAUCUAUUAGCUUAAAUGUAGCAUAUCCCCCAAUUGUUUCUGUAAGUGCAACAAACACAACAGUUAAAGAGCCAAAUGCCAUCUUAUCUUGCAUUGCCAAAGGCAAUCCAGACGGUAGUUAUAGCUACGGCAAAUGGAUUCAAAGAUGGCCAGGGUAUAACGUGCCCGUGUUGGAAAGACCCGGAAGUGAGACGCUUGAAUUAACAGCUUUAACAUACGAGCACUCCGGUUUUUACACUUGUACAGCUAGUAAUGGAAUUAAGAUAUUUGGUACAAACACAGAAUUUGUAGAGGGAGCAGCAGUGCAGUUGCUUGUAAAAUCUUAUCCAAUCAUAGUCCGUUUAGAUGCAAAAAUUGCCAGCAAAUUGAAUAAAAAUAAAACUGUUGAAGUUGAAUAUUUCUCAAACAUAGCAGGAUCAGAUGUGAAACUGUAUAAAAUUGUAAAUGGUGAAAUGAAGGCAGUGACUUUAUUCUCUGUGACUAAGAAACUCGUUGAAAUCGAAGUACCAGUGUUUUCACAUUUAAUCAAAACAGACGGAACGGGAGCUGAUUUUACUGUUCAGAUAAAAUCCGAGGAAGAUUAUGGAUUCUAUUAUGUCGUUGUAUCAAACAUUAUAGGAUCCAGUAACAAAUCGUUUGAAAUAAUACCGACAAAGCCGCCAGUUUCACCUAGUGAUUUUACAAUAGACUAUGUUCAGCAUAACAAGGCCCGUUUGUCGUGGAGGCGUGGAUACAAUGGAGGAUUGAUACAAACAUUCGUCAUACAACUUGGAACAGAUGAAAAAUGGAGUGACGUAGAAGUGUUUGACAGAAAUACAGAAGAUAAAGACCGCAUCUCCACAAUCUUGACAGAUCUUUUUGAUUCAACAACAUACUUUGUUCGAUUAUAUGCAUAUAACGAGGAGGGAAAUAGCCCUUUGUCGGAAACUCUAAAUUUUACCACUUCUCCAAUUAAAGUGAAAACGACAGUUGAGACAAACAACACUGCGAUGAUUAUAAUAGGUACAGUUCUUGGAUUAAUCAUAGUUGCCUUGGUGGUAUUUUUAAUAUAUAUGAUAGUACAAAGAAGACGUGAACUGAUUCGGAAUAAAGAUGUCUCCAGAAAUACAAGCAGCAGAAGGUAUGUCAAUGUGGAUGGCUCGAAAACUCUUCAAACAAAAGGUGUAAAACUGAAAAACGCAUCUCACGAUGUUCAAACCUCUGAAAGUCAAUAUACAGAGUUGGAUAAAGAUCUGAAGGAAGCAGAAUCUGCAUAUGAUGCUAUUUCAACUAUGUGAACUUUCGACGUAAAAGUGUCAUUUGGUACAAGUCAGUUGCGCGUUUGAGAAAAACGGAAAAAUGACUUUAGACCUGUUAAUGUUCAUAAAUUGAAUGUUUCUGAUUUGCCUUUAAAACAUAUGUUUUGACAUAAAAAAGGAAUGAAAACCGAACAACAAAGGAAAUAAUAAGCUAAUAUUUUGCAAAGAUUGAAUGAUAUUUCGACGGCUGUGCAUUCUUUGUGAACAUAAAAUACUUUGUAUCAGCCUGCUAUUAAAUCCAUAUACUUUCCUUUAUAACUAGAAAUGAAUAUAUGAUUCAAGUAAGGGUUGAUUGAGUUCACACGUCUUUUCGUGACACGUAUAACAUUACCAUUACUUUUUUCUUUAGAACUUUGAUUCUGUCUCUUUAUAUAAUCAUGUUCAAAAUAAAAUUGCAUGUUUCUAAUCAAAUGAUUAAAAUGUUUUUCUCAUGCAUUAUACUACUUUCCAUUAAAAUAUCUUUAAAAACAAGUAAUUAACGUUGCUGACAGCAGUAUAUUAUUAAAAAAGAACUGCCUUGUUUGUAUGUAAGUUGUGAUGAUGAAAUCGCUAUUGAAAUGUUGAGCCGCGUGACAACGUUGAUGUUGAUCACGUAAGUGACGCCUCUGUUGUUUGACUGUUUAUAAUGUCAAACAUAGGUUUAACGCUACCAGAAACAAACACGGUUAUUACAAUUUCAAUCGAAUGAUGCUUAGAUUUCAUGAUUUAUGAAUCACAAGAUAUAAUGAUAGCAGAUCUUAUGAAAUGAUUAGGAGAAAUAUAUCAGUCUAGAAAACUGUAUGAUGCGCGGAAAUUAUUACAAAAAAAAACAUUUAAGUACGUAUUAAAUGUUACAUAAACUUAUCAUUAAAUAUCUCUUGUUUCGCGUACGUGUGUUUAAAGAUGGGCGAAUACACUAAAUACUUUUCUUUCAAUAAAAAAAAAUCAGUGAUCUUAUAAUAAUGGAUCUGUAAUGAUUUCAUGAAAACAAACAUGAAGUUUCGUCAGAUCAGCUUUAACAAUAUAUGAUAAAGAUUAUACUUCACAAAAAAAACGAAAUUUUACCACAACUUCAAUUAAUGGUAGGAAUUCUAAAAAAAAUACAUUGAUCAGUUUUCUAGAUGUUGAUAAGUUUUAAAUGCUUAUUUGCUUGUAGUAAUACAAUAUGAUGAAUGCAUAUCUUUACAACAAUAAUAAACAAAAUCAACACUUAUUUAGUUGCAGGCAUAGUUUUAAUUUUCCAUUCUGAUCAUAUAUAUUUUAUGACAUACUAUUGUUGUCACCUACUUUUGUUCCUUUCUACCUUUUAAUACAGUUGAAUAAAUCAUUGAUUAUUUUGCAACAUAUUCAGAUGUCUAUACACACCGGUAGUUAGAGAUUUUUGCCGUUGCAUUUAUCAAAACACAUAUUUCAUUUCCUUUAGUCACUCCAUUUAGACGAGUAAGAUGAUUUCUCUCUGAAACAUAUAAUUAAGUAAAUAAACAUGUUCUUCUUGGUAUAUAUGUUAAUAUAUUUUUUCUAUAGAAUUUAUUACACAGUGAAGGCAAACAACACGACUACAAUAAUUAUGGGAGUACUUCUCGGCAUAGUAACAGUUGCUUUUGUGAUAUCAAUGUACGUGACAUUACGGUUAAAGAGAAGUAGUAAACAUAGUAACUGAUAAUAUUAU